GUAGGGGAAACACACUGGCAGUAGUUCUAUUCAAUAAUGUUUACUUUAUAAUGGCACCAGAUGAGCUGAUAGGAACAUUUCAAGAGUGUCUAUGUUCACGUCAUGUUUGUAUUACUUUGGCAAUGAGUAGUUGCUCUUCUAACACAAAGCAGGACAUUGCCCCUUUAAGGCUAGCGGUGCCGCGCUGAAUUCUGGGAGGUCACGUUCACAUUGAGCAGGAACAUGUGUGGUGCACAUAUAUAAUAUGGAGAUGAUGGGAAGCAUCAAGGUGCCAACAAUACACUAGUUUCUGCUACCGCACUGCAUUCAUGAACUUACACAGAAUCCCGUUUUUAUGAUGCCAACAGGCUGGGCAUAUGCAUAACGACACCCUGAUUUAUCUUUAUUUUGCAAAGAUAUGUUUGCCUUAAAUUCACAUCACACAGCAAAAUGCCUGCAUGUUUGGAAGCACAAGAUUUGUGUGCGCUUCAGACACUCCUGUAUGUGGAAUUUAUGUGGUACAAAUCUAUACGAUCGACAUGCCUUCCUAGAGAAAAUUCAUUGCUCAAACCUUCUUCAUCAAAUGCAUUAUAGUUCCCAAAAGGAAAAGCUUGACAUGUCUGAAUAUUCUGUAGACUGUAUUAGAAAUUUCAGUAUAAUAGCCCAUGUGGACCAUGGUAAAAGUACUCUUGCUGACAGGCUUCUUGAAAUUACAGGGCGUAUUCCGAAAGCAGACUCUAAUAGGCAAGUUUUGGAUAAGCUGCAAGUGGAGCGAGAAAGAGGAAUUACAGUGAAAGCACAGACCGCAUCACUUUUUUACACCUUUAAAAACAAAAAGUAUCUUUUAAAUUUGAUAGACACCCCGGGCCAUGUUGAUUUUAACUAUGAAGUUUCAAGGUCCCUUUCUGCUUGUCAAGGUGUCCUGCUUGUGGUCGAUGCAAAUGAGGGUGUUCAAGCGCAGACUGUGGCAAACUUCUUUCUGGCCUUUGAAGCACAACUUACAAUUAUUCCAGUUAUAAACAAGAUUGAUUUAAAGAAUGCAGAACCAGAAAGAGUAGAAAAACAAAUUGAAAAAAUGUUUGACAUUCCAGGAAGUGACUGCAUUAAGAUUUCUGCUAAGUUUGGGACAAAUGUGGAACGCGUUCUAGAAGAAGUUAUAACCAAAAUCCCACCACCGAACAUUGACCAAAAUAGCCCCUUUAAAGCUCUUUUGUUUGACUCCACAUUUGAUCAUUACAGAGGAGCUGUGACUAACGUCGCACUCUUUGGGGGACAGGUUUGCAAAGGCCACAAGAUUGUGUCUGCCCAUACAGGAAAGAGCUAUGAAGUUAACGAGGUUGGCAUACUAACACCCGAAGAGGUUCCUGUAGAAAAGCUCUAUGCUGGACAAGUAGGCUACCUAGUUGCUGGAAUGAAAGAGGUGAAGGAAGCUCAAAUUGGAGACACACUUUAUCUGCAGAAACAUCCUGUAGAGCCUCUGCCAGGGUUCAAAAACGCUAAACCAAUGGUAUUUGCAGGCAUGUAUCCAGUUGACCAAUCUGAAUACAACAACUUGAAGAGCGCUUUAGAAAAAUUGACAUUGAAUGACUCGAGUGUAACUGUUAAUCGGGACAGCAGUGCGGCACUGGGAGCUGGCUGGAGGUUAGGCUUCCUUGGACUUUUACACAUGGAGGUUUUCAACCAGCGCUUGGAACAGGAAUACAACGCUUCAGUAAUUAUGACUGCACCCACUGUUCCAUACAAGGCUAAACUAUCUUCGCAAAAAUUAAUAAAGGAAUAUGGGGAGGAUGAGAUAACUAUAGUAAACCCGUCGGAGUUUCCUGACAAGUCACAAGUGUCUGAAUAUCUUGAGCCUGUUGUGUUGGGUACCAUCAUUUCACCUGAUGACUAUAUGGGAAAGAUACUUGCUUUAUGCCAGACACGACGAGCAGUUCAGAAAAGUAUGGUGUACAUUGAUGAACACAGAAUUAUGCUGAAAUAUCUGUUUCCUUUAAACGAAAUUGUGCUCGAUUUUUAUGAUAGCCUAAAAUCAAUGUCAUCUGGGUAUGCAAGCUUUGACUACGAAGAUGCAGGCUAUCAGACGGCGGACCUUGUAAAAAUGGAUAUUUUACUAAAUGGACGUUCUGUGGAAGAACUGGUCACUAUCGCACACCGAGAAAAAGCAUAUGCAGUUGGCAAAGCAAUUUGUGAACGGCUCAGAGAUUCCAUACCCAGACAACUGUUUGAAAUAGCAGUUCAGGCUGCUCUUGGCAAUAAAGUCAUUGCAAGAGAAACGAUAAAAGCAUACAGGAAAAAUGUACUAGCUAAAUGUUAUGGAGGCGAUAUUACACGAAAAAUGAAAUUGUUGAAGAGACAGGCUGAAGGCAAGAAAAAAAUGAGACAAAUCGGCAAUAUUGAAGUGCCAAAAGAUGCAUUUAUUAAUGUGCUAAAGAGAACGCCAGACAAAUGAAAUGGAAUUAACUAAACAUUUGAAUUGCAAACUACUGGGUCAAUUUUAUUAGACCAGUAGUUUUUUAUUUGCCAUCCAUGAUGGCAUUAACUUAUCCACAAAGUUAACCAGACUGUUGCAACCAUUUUCCCGUGUUUGUUAAGGAAACCUAAUAUUGGCAAUAAAGUAAAUCAUGAUAAGAGGGCACUACCUCGUUCAGCACACCAUUUUAUGUUACAAACAAUGGUGUGUAGGUAUGAAACACUAGUGGAAAUCCUGCAAAAUGCAAUAAAACAGCCCAGCAAUAUACAAGGGAGCGUUUCUUGGCUGUUUCUAAACAUCAUGCAUAUUGUUAAAAUUAUGGGACAGUGAUGUCUAUCCCUAUAUUUCAUGGGAAGUAGGUUAAAUUGCUAAGCCAACCUAUUUUGUUAUUUAAACAACUGUUUUGGUUACAAUACCAGUGUGUUAAAGAUAGGCAAGAAAAG